CCACAUUCCAUCGCUGGUUUCUUCAAACUACUACUUUUCUCCUUCCUCCCUCCCUCCCUUUCUCUCUUCGUGAAAAAUCUUCUUUGUGAAAAAUCAGCAAAAGCAGAACCGAAAAAUGCCGUAAGAAUCGAAACAUCUUCUGCUUCAAAAGGUUUGGUUAGUGCUGUUUUAGUGGUGUGCUGAUGGAUCAUUCACAAGACCAAUGUAAUAUCGAGGCUACUGGAGAUGCAAGGAGGGAGAGAUUGCUUGAUAAGAGUAAUUCUUUUACAUCUGUUAGCUCAGGAUACCGAUUGUUUGAUAGGCAAAGGUCCAUUCGCCAAAUAAUGGGAGGUGGAAAAGCUGCUGAUGUUAUACUAUGGAAGCGCCAAAGCAUAUCUUUUGGCAUUAUUGUUGUUGCCACUGUUGCAUGGCUCCUAUAUGAGCAGUCAGGGUUGUCAUUCUUAUCAAUUUCUUCAGACGUACUGCUGAUUUUAGUUGUAUUCCGGUUCGUUCAGGUCAACAGUGCCGUUUUUCUAAAUAAACACCUUCAACCAUUGCCAGAACUGGUUUUAUCAGAGGAGAUGGUUAACAAUGCAGCCGCUUCAUUUCGUGUUAAAAUCAACUAUGUGCUGCUCAUGGCACAUGAUAUCACUCUUGGCAAGGACUUCAGACUAUUUUUUAAGGUGGUGGUUGGCCUCUGGCUUUUAUCUGUUAUUGGUAGCUUUUUUUCAUUCAUCACACUUUCAUAUAUUGAAGGUACUGAGAUACCAAGGAUAUGUGACAAAGAAGGAACAAUUGUAUCGAUUACGAUCCCCGCCUUGUACAAUAAAUAUGAAGAGCAUGUGGAUAGAUAUGUCGGGUUGGUCCACAAUAAAAUCUCUAAGCACUACAGUAUAGUGGAUGCAAAUGUUAUCAGCAGAAUCCCAGGAAACUUUUCGAAGAAAAAAGAUUCAUAACCACACACAUCCCGUGUGGUGUAGGUGGUUUAAAUGAUACUCAAGUUCAAAUUAAUGAGGAGCAGAGUACAAAUAUCAGGAAUGUGUGGCUAUAUUUGCUUAAGAGAAAUUGCGUGAUCUUGCAGAUCAAGUCUAGUAGUGUUUUAUUCCUUUUCAUGUGUUAAAUUGUUCUAUUCCUAUAUUUUAUUAGCAUUGAGACAUUGAUUUGUAUAAGCACUAUGGGUAGCUGCUUGUAUAUUCUGAAUGUGUGUGCGAACUUUCUUUUA